CCCGACGCCUCGAGCCUUUCUGUCCCACUCGAGGAGCCGUACUGAGGAGGCCUGUCUCUAAGUAGGCGCCAACAAACGUCGUUUUUUAAGAAAAUAAUUUGUCAAGGUCGGAGAUGGUUUUAAAUGAGAUGAACGAUGAUGGGUCUGAGCAAGAGGGCGACAAAUGCCUGGAGUCUGAUGUCAUUGCCAAGGGAAACAUUCUUGAGAGUUUUACAGAGAAUCAGGAGACAAAGGACUUGAUUAAUAAUCUGAAAUUGGUGCAUGAAGUCCUGAUAUUGCGAGAAACAGCACUUGAAAAAUUUAAAGUUAUAAUGGACAAGUAUCAGGAACAGCCUCACCUUUUGGACUCCCAUUUAGAAUGGAUGUUGAAUUCACUACUAGAUAUUAUCCGGGAUGAAGCAUCUCCUCCUUCUUUAAUUCAUCUGACAUUUCAGUUUCUCUAUAUCAUUUCAAAGGUGCGAGGGUAUAAAACAUUCCUGCGAUUAUUUCCUCAUGAAGUAGUUGAUGUACAACCUGUUCUAGAUAUGCUUGUAAGUCAGAAUCCAAAAGACUAUGAGACAUGGGAGACUCGUUACAUGCUCUUGUUGUGGCUGUCUGUAACAUGCCUGAUCCCAUUCGAUUUGGCACGGCUAGAUGGAAAUAUCUCUUCUGUUGAAGGAUGCCCUCGAGUGUCAACAAUGGAUCGCAUCCUCACAGUGGCAAAAUCUUACCUUAUUGUAAGUGACAAGUCUCGAGAUGCAGCUGCAGUCUUGGUCUCAAAGUUUAUUACCCGCCCUGAUGUCAAACAAAAAAGAAUGGCAGACUUCCUGGACUGGACCCUUUCAACAUUAUCUAAAUCCUCUUUUCAGACUCUUGAGGAUACUAUUGCAAUGGAUGGCAUGCUUCAGGCGUUGGCACAACUUUUUAAACAUGGCAAAAGGGAAGACUGUUUACCAUAUGCUUCUACUGUGCUUGAAUGCCUUGAUAACUGCAAGCUCUCUGAAAGUAACAAUACACUUCUUCGCAAGCUGGGCGUGAAACUUGUUCAGCGACUCGGCCUGACAUUUCUUAAGCCAAAGGUGGCAAAAUGGAGGUACCAACGCGGCUUCCGAUCUUUAGCUGCAAAUCUGCAGAUUUCUGCUGGUGUUCCCAUCGUACAGAAAGCAGAAAAUGCAGCUGCUGUAACGGAUGAGGAGGAGGAAGAAGAAGAAUAUGACAUUCCAGGAGAGGUUGAAAAUGUUGUAGAGCAAUUGCUGAUUGGACUGAAAGACAAGGACACCAUUGUCAGAUGGUCUGCAGCAAAAGGGCUUGGUAGACUGACUGGAAGGUUACCUAAAGAGCUAGCUGAUGAUGUAGUCGGGUCUGUGUUAGAUUGUUUCAGUUUCCAGGAAACUGAUAAUGCUUGGCACGGUGGAUGUUUGGCUCUAGCUGAAUUAGGAAGAAGAGGGUUGCUGCUACCUUCCCGGCUCUCCGAUGUUGUUCCUGUGAUGUUAAAAGGACUAACCUAUGAUGAGAAGCGGGGAGCCUGCAGUGUUGGCUCUAAUGUACGGGAUUCUGCUUGCUAUGUAUGUUGGGCUUUUGCUCGUGCUUAUGACCCCAUGGAACUAAGGCCAUUCGUUAAUGAAAUUGCAAGUGCCUUGGUUAUAGCUGCUAUAUUUGACCGUGAUAUCAAUUGCAGAAGAGCUGCUUCGGCUGCCUUCCAGGAAAAUGUUGGUAGACAGGGUACUUUCCCACAUGGAAUUGAUAUUUUGACUGCUGCGGAUUAUUUUGCUGUUGGUAACAGAGCUAAUUGCUUCCUCAAUAUAAGUGUAUAUAUUGCUGGGUUUCCUGAGUAUACACAGCCGAUGAUUGAUCACCUAGUUAACAUGAAGAUCAACCACUGGGAUGGUGCUAUUCGGGAGUUUACAUCCAAAGCUCUGCAUAAUCUCACACCACAGGCUCCUGAAUAUAUGACAAGUGUAGUUUUACCCAAACUGCUCCCACUGGCAGUUGGCACAGAUCUUCAUACUCGCCAUGGAGCAAUUUUGGCCUGUGCUGAAAUCACCCAUGCCUUGAGUAAAUUAGCAGAAGAAAAUAAGAGACCCAUUACAUCGUAUUUGGAUGAGAAAGCCUUGGAAGGACUUAAACAGAUCCAUGUGGAGCUUUGCCGCCGUCAGUUGUACAGAGGUUUAGGUGGAGAAUUAAUGAGACCAGCUGUCUGCACUUUGAUUGAAAAGUUAUCACUUUCAAAAAUGCCAUUUAGAGAAGAUCCCAUAAUUGAUGGAUGGCAGUGUCUGAUAAAUGACAGUUUACGAAGUCUCCAUCUUGUUUCAAGCAAUGCCAGACAGCAAAUAAAAGAAUCAGCAAUCUCUGCAUUAGCUGCUCUUUGUAAUGUAUAUUACUGCAUUGAAGAAGGAGCAAAUCCAGCUCAGCAAGAUGAGCUGGUGAAGCAGUACAUUUCAGGCCUUCAAAGCCGUGAGGAAAUGACUCGAUGUGGCUUUUCACUAGCCUUGGGUGCCCUUCCUAAAUUUCUUUUAAAGGGCAAGCUCCAGGAGGUUUUAGAAGGUCUGAAGAGAGUCACUUUCAUUUCCCCUGAAGGUGUGAGUUUUGCUGAGUCCAGACGAGAUGGCUUAAAAGCCAUCGCAGAGGUUUGUUUGACAGUUGGGGUGAGAGGAGAAGGAUCACCAACUGAAUUUGUGUGCAGAAAUAAUGUUGCACAGAUAUACAACAUAUUGCUGGAUGGUCUGAAUGAUUACACAACAGACAGUCGAGGUGAUGUUGGAGCAUGGGUGAGAGAAGCUGCUAUGACCAGCUUGAUGGAAGUGACUCUGUUAUUAACACGGACUGAGCCAGAGUUAAUCGACGCAAAUGUGUCCAAGCGGAUUAUGUGCUGUGUGGCUCAACAAUCAGCUGAAAAAAUUGACCGUUUUCGAGCCCAUGCAGGAUCUGUGUUCCUUACACUUCUGUACUUUGACAGUCCUCCAGUCCCACACAUACCCCACCGAGAAGACUUAGAGAGGAUAUUUCCAAGGUCAGAGGCAGUAACUUUCAACUGGAAUGCACCAUCACAAGCCUUUCCCAGAAUCACACAGCUUUUGGGUUUAGCAUCAUAUUGCUAUCACGUUCUAACAGGUCUGACUGUGUCUGUUGGUGGAUUAACAGAAUCAACGGUGCGUUGUUCAUCACAGAGCCUAUUUGACUAUCUGAAGAGAAUUCAGAGUGACAAGGAUGCACUGAGCAGCUUUUGUGAGACACUGCUGCAGGUCUUUGAGGACAACCUGCUGAAUGACAGGGUAUCUGUUCCACUGCUGAAGAUGCUGGACCAGAUAUUAGCCAAUGGCUGCUUUGAUAUCUUUGUAGCUGAAGAAAACAACCCAAUUCCUUUGAAGUUACUUACACUUUGUAUAGAAGAGAGCAGGAAAUCUAAAGAUAUCCAGAAACUUCGCUCCAGCAUUGCAGUGUUUUGUGGCCUGAUUCAGUUUCCAGGUGAUAUAAGAAAGAAAGUUCUGUUUCAUCUCUUCCUCCUCCUUUGCCAUCCAUUUCCUGUUAUACGGAAGACAACAGCCAGUCAGGUUUAUGAAAUGAUGAUAACUUACAGUGAUAUUGCUGAACCUGAUGUUAUAGAGGAGGUCAUGACAAUUCUGAGUGACACUAACUGGGAUGCAGACUUGCCAUUUCUAAGGAAGCAGCGUAACCAUCUGUGUGACUUAAUGAAUGUGCCGAAACCACAAUUAGUCACCAAGAAAACAUAAUUGGAAACCCAUUAAACAAAAGUGGGAAAUGAAAAUUCUUGGACCUGAAGAUAGAAAGCAGACAGCAGCUUUUGGCUCCAUAGCCUGAGCAACUAUAUUCUGUGAUCAAGCUAAAAAGAAAAACUAACAGGGUGCUCUGAAAUUCUCUGUGUACUAACUCCUUAAUCUGUAACCACAAGAUGGCAGUUUGGCCACAUGAUCUUUCUCUUGUCUUUCAAAUUCAAUAUGGAUGUUGAUGUUUUGUGUUUCUUUCUCAAAACGGAAUUAAAGUGCCCAUUGGAAAGAUCAAACCAUA